ACACGGGCGUGAAGGAAUGAAGUAUCGCGAGCGCAGAGGCCCCGCCGAUCACGAGCUCAUCAGCAUCAUCACACUCAUCCCUCGCUGAACAGAUGCGCGCGUGUACGAGGACCGUGACGUGAUUGUUUUUACUCCUGUACCCUCAAUUACGUCUCACAAUAUAACGGAAUCUGAAAACACCACCCUUCUUUGCAAGUGUAUCGCUCACCGAAUGGGAAGCUGUUUAAUAGAUGCGAGUGGACUCUUGUAAAGGCAUCUGAUUCGUGGCAAACGCGCGAGAAGGGUUUUAAUAUUAAAGUUUGACUUAGGUGAUCCAAAAAAACUCCACUCUCCAUGGCAGAAAACAACUUCCCACCUCUUCCACGGUUCAUUCCUCUGAAGCCAUGCUUUUACCAAGACUUCAACGAGAUUCCAGACCAAUUCCGGACAAUGUGUAAACGGAUAUAUUACCUUUGGAUAUUAAACAGUGCCACCCUAGCCGUGAACCUGAUUGGCUGUCUGGCAUGGAUGUGCGGUGGGGGCGGGGCAACCAAUUUUGGAAUGUCUAUUCUGUGGCUAAUACUGUUCACCCCAUGCUCAUACGUGUGCUGGUUUAGGCCCAUCUACAAGGCCUUCAAGACAGACAGCUCUUUCAACUUUAUGGCAUUUUUCUUUGUAUUCAUGGCGCAGGUGGUGAUCAGUAUCAUUCAGGCAGUUGGCAUCCCAGGAUGGGGAGUGUGUGGCUGGCUGGCCACCAUCACAUUUUUCAGCACUAAUAUCGGCUCUGCUGUUGUUAUGCUGAUUCCCACCAUCAUGUUCACUGCUGUGGCUGUGUUCUCAUUCAUUGCCCUUACCAAGGUUCACAACUUCUACCGUGGGAGUGGGGGCAGCAUGAGCAAGGCUCAGGACGAAUGGACCACUGGUGCAUGGAAGAACCCUCAUGUCCAGCAGGCAGCACAGCAGGCAGCAAUGGGGGCUGCGCAGGGGGCCGUGCAGGGCCAACAGUACUCCACUGCCCCAACUUACAACUAUAAUGAGCCAAUGUAGUUCCUUUUCAACAACAAUGGGGUAACAGGGUAUUUGGGAGGGCAUAACAGAAGGAUAUAGUCAAUGACUGCUUGAAAUUAGGGGAAGGAGAUAUGCAAAACAUAUGCGACCAAUCGGAAUUCAAACAGGUUCUCACAAUUACAACAAUGCAUAAACUUUUAUUUAAGAAUGAGCGACAGUUUAAGGAGUUGCUCUUUGGUAUUUAGACCCCACCAUCAUUAGGAAAGUAUCAGCUUACCGUGAGGUAUUAAGGCAGAUUUAAUUCUUGGUUAUGUAUUGUUUUUCCACUUAUCAUAUUUUAAAACCUGGCUGAACUAGAGCACCAAUAAGGAAACAUUCCAAUGCUCACUGUGUUACUAUAGUAACUGGAUUCUCACUUGUUUUUCAGAUUCGUCUGUCUGGUAUUUGCAAGCGAGUUAUACUGUAUAUUUGAGUUGGCUUUUAGUAUUCAAGAACACAUUUUGACAAUUUAACAAACGCAUCUUUACUCUCACGUCUUACUAAUAGAUAUAUGUUUUAUGCACAGAGUGGAGAAUAAAAUCAGCACUCGAAAAUAAACUGACAUGCAAUUGAAAAAGUAUAACAAUUUUAAAGAUUGCAUCUUUCAAUUUUGAAAGUACAAAGGUCUUACAAAAGUUUAUUUUUAUUUUUUUGUUAAUUACCUCUUUCCAGGUUGUUUCUUUAAUUUAUGUUAAGAUACCAGGAAAGCUAUAUACGUUGUUUUUAGUUGUGUUUGGAUUAUGUUAAAAGUUUUUUUUUUUAAAUGUGCAAUUGCGUUGUUAACGUUGUUUUUGUUACCUCAGGAUACAAUUGUCAUUUUACUGUCAUUUAAGAAAAUCGAUUAGAUGAAAUAUUUGUACAUGUACAUGUUUUACCUUUGUACAUUAGUUCAAGUUAAAUGCUCUUGAAUAUAGAGUAAAUAUUUAACCUGUUCUUAGCCACUGAAUCUCAACACUGAAUUUACUGAAUCACUGAAAUCUUAACUGUUUUACGAAUGAUCACACUUUACUAAAUUUGGUAGUUUCUGUAAAUAUCAAAUUGUAUUCUCUGUAAAUGUAUCAAAUUCUCCACUGAACAAUGGGUGAAUACCCGCAAGUAAACCACACAUUUUGACUCAAGUGCAAUCUAAAUGGUAUCAUAUUAAUGGUUAAUUACUCUUAUUGUUUGAAUAUUUAAGGAAUUUCCUAGAAAUAUUUGCAGUCUGGUGCAAGUAACUGCUAUGUGAAAUUCCUGAAUUACAAAACUGUAGAGAUUAUUUAAUUAUUCCAGACUGAGGAAAUUGAUGUAUUUUUUUAUUUUAACAGUGUAAUGUAUAGCAAAGUGUUCUUCUAGAUUAACCGUUCAAAUUCAACAGAAUUUAAAGAUUUAUGGAAAUGAAUAUGGUCGAGUAUGGAAUUGGAUUACAGUUAUAUGUUCAGUUGUGCUUAUCCACAUUUAGAGAAAGAUGAAAUGGAUCAUAAUAAUAGUGUACAGUAUCUUGUUAUCUAUGUCUUUAUCAAGGCUUGUAAAAUACCUUCAAUCAUUUCAGGAACUGUGAAAUGUUCAAAAAGCCCAUGUGUGAUAUGUCUCAUGUAUGUUUGGGGAGGUUUUUGUAUUUUUUAUGUGAAGACCUCCCAGAUAGCACAACUAGGCCUAUAUAGUGUCUUAUGUGUAUAUCUCUAUAUAUAUAUAUAUAUAUAGUUUUUCAUCUGGAAAUCAUAACAUCUGCUAAACAUAUUAAAAUGUUCAGAUUUACGAACAUGCAACAUCAUAAACAUCUCAAAGACAUCUGCUGAAUGUCUUAGUGAUGCAUUGCAGAUGAGCAAACAACCGAAUAAAUACAUCUAGAUGUAAACACACAUCUUGUUGAUGUACGUGUGCUAUCUGGGCUGUCUUUGUUUCUUUUUCUAUAGUGUGAUGAAUUGCACACUUUUUGUGGGACUUGCUAAGACAGGACAUCUUGUUCAAAGCUUUGGAUGAAGUUUCGUCCCUAAAUAACAUCCAUAGUGCUCAGAACGCUCUCUAGUGAUAUGGAUGUAUGAAACUUUACCUUUAUUGUCAACUAGGAAAACAGAGACAAUACCAUUAUUGAUAUCUGUCGUAUAUUAUUCGAUGAGAGUAAAGAUUGCCUCAUCAGGUGUGAAUGUCAUAUUUCAGCUUCACCAGCAAAAGCUAAGGUCACUGUCCAUUGUCAAGGCCCAUAACCUUAUUUUGUGCCCUGAUGUUCUGUAUAUAUCCCAACAUGGUAUAAAGUAGGAAAAGUCUUGUUCAUACUGUAAAAUUAAGUAAGAUGCCAGUAAAGUAACGAAAACCGAUAGUUGUCUUUGUAUAGUGAGUUGUGUGUGGUGCUUGGUAAAUUUGUGAAUUGAACCAAACCAUGUGUCAUGUGCACAAAGGCACUCUGUUGGCCUAUGUAAGUGAGUGUUUAUGUGAAUUAUUUUGUCAAGUCUACAGUUGAAUGUAUUGAUUUGGAGAUAAGAACUGCAGUCCAGUCCAGGUUUUAUUUAGUGAAUUUCACUUGUUUUACACAAAGGCUAAUUUUGCCACAUUUCCCCACUAAGUUACUAUGUGUAGUAUAUUGUACUCUGUACUGUUUCCUGACCAAAUCAAGCAAGCUGACUUAAAGCUUAAAAGGGUAGUUCAGCCAAAAUGAAAAUUCUUACCCCAUUUACUCAACCUCAUGUUUUUCUUCAGUGCAAUAUAAAGGGAAAUUUUAGACAGAACCAAAUUGUUAGGUUUCAUUGUAUGGAGGGGAAAAAAAGUUGCAAUGAAAUUGAAUGGUGACUAAGACUGUAAGUACCUAACAUUCUGCUCAACAUCUACUUUUGUGUUCCAUAGAAGAAGGGAAAAAAGUCAUGCGAGUGAGUAAAUUAGUACAGAAUAAAAUGUAUUGGGUAAACUCUCAUUUUAAUAGAUGUGAAUUCUGAAAGGGGUUUUUGAAGUUUGAUAAAUUUUAUUUCAUUUUGUAUUACUUUUAUAUAUAUAAAUAUAUAUAUUGUCUCUCCCUGAUGAAUAGUA